AUGAAAAUCUAUUGGGAUUCAGAUUUUAAUAGAAGUGGAGGCGUUGUGAAAGCUUGUGGAGAAGGCUGUAGAAUCAUUGGCGAGUUUGCUGAAUUAUACGACUUAGAAAUCAGAAAGUGUCCCGAUGAAUUGGAUGCUCUAUAUGAUCAUUUGGCACAUUAUUUAAGAGAGAUUUAUUUCAG